AAAUAAACGGCACACAUUACGUUUCCUUGGGAUCAGGUGGUAUUUUCUCAACCCAACUGUUUCAGUGAUUCUUUUAGCGUAAAAACAUUCUAAAAGAUUCAACCAACACGAAUACGGACGCUUACGAACGAUUUAACCUUCCCGGUAGGAUUACCAGUAUAUUUACUUAGGUAAUCUUUUCCAAUGGCGACCCACUCUUUUGCUGGGUUCAGUGCCAGUCCUAAACCCUCCCCCUGGGGUUACAGUUGGACGACAGAAAAUGACUCAUCGACAGAUUAUCGAUCUUCCCCUUCUGGAAGGGAAAAUGUAGCAAUAAACACUCCUGUUGUGAAUAAUUGUCCAUCAUCUCCUGAACCUCAAAUUAUGGCAAACCAGUACGUGAAUUUACCGGCAGCUUUGCUUACUUCCCUUAAAAGAGAAAAGAAGCCUUUCACUUAUACCCCUGGUGGUGUAAACUUGUCAGAAGUUUUGAACGCCAGGCUUCAAAAACGCAUGGAACGCAAGAAGAAAUAUUCCGAGGAACGUAUGUCCUCUACAGAAAGUUGCCCAAGUCCUGUCGACAACUCGCCGAAAUUCGAACCUCCGAAGCAAGUAAUUGUGAUGCCAACAUACAAUUCUCCUCUGGAUAUGUAUUCCAUGGAAAAUGCUCUAGAAGCCCUGGAAGUUCAGGCAGAAUUAGUUGCUGCAGAUAAAAGUCUUUCUGCUGCUUCACGUUCAGCUACAUUACCUAGGAACCACACGUUCAAGUUUGACGAAAAGGAUAUGGACUCAAAUCGUGGUGUAGCACAAUCGAAAGCUUUUAAAGUUCUGCAGAUUAUCACUGACACAGAAGAAGAGCCAAAUUACAACGAUCGAAAAAAAGGCCAUCAUGAAGAAAUGAGGUUUACGGGAAUCAGAGAUAGUAAAGCGAUCCCUUCCAAAUUUUUCCAUACAUUGCAAAUGAUUACAGGAACUGAAGAGGAUGAGGAACCAAAUGGUGACUCUACACAUCAAGAAACACAAAGGACGGCUUUUUAUGAAAAGCAGCCUUCAAGGUCAGGUUUCAAUGCUCAACAGAAACCAGCUCAGAAUCCUUCUCAUCCAAACACGGUGGUUCAAAAUCAUGUUCCUCAUUUCCAGCCAAUGGGCAGUCAGCGAAAUCCCUAUGAACAAGCAACAAAUCCUGCUCAGCAAACGAACACAUCUGCAUUAAAACGACCAGCAGCUUUCUUGCCCAUGAAAACGGGUGGUGAUCCUCUUAGUAGAGUGAAGCCCGUCCAUCCAAGUUUCCUGACAAACGGGCCAAGGAAAGUCUUUAAUCCGUCAACUGGAACAGACUUCUAAAUGAACUUGAAAAGUGAAUUUUCAACGUUGGAGCUAGUCAAAGAAGAUGUAUGCAAAGAUGAAUAAGAAUCGUUUGGCAUAACGGGAAAUGCCUUAACCUCUUCAUCAUCAUCAUCAUUGUCAUUCUCAUCAUCAUUUACAGAAAAGCAUUCAUUGGAAAUAAUUGCUAAAGUAUUUCAAAUCGUUGAAAAUUCCAAAGCAAUAAAAGUUAAUACAACUAAAGAAAAACUACAUGAUUUCUAGGUUAUUUGAGAAAUGCUUCUUUUAAAUUAAGGAAUUAGGAGAUUCAGGUUGCUAUAAAAAAAGUCAACUCAAACGACAGGCACAAAGUGCUUCUUACAAAUGAAAGAAAUGUGCCAGUAUUUUUCCGGUCCAAGUAAUAUGAUGCCAAAAUUUCUAAAAUUGCUAAGACGAAAUUUCUGGCUUAGAUUUUAAAUUCUUACUAACACAAUGGAUUAAUAAUACACUCUCACUCUAAAACCCUAAUUGGAUCAAUUAAAUAGGUUAUAAGUUUCAAAGAUGUAUUAUUUUGAAUGUAAUGUUAAAAUGUGCAGUUAUUAUUAGUUAUUACUAAGAGCAUGCAAAAAAAAUGUAGCCAAGUGAAGACAAUUAUGCCAAAUAUAUUUAACUUAAUACAAUUUAUAAAUGUACAAAACUGCUUUUUUUACUAAAAUAUUUUUCAUGAAAGGUUUCUUUAAACUACGUUUAGAAAACGCUGUCUAAUAACAUCGAUGUUACGGGUUUGAAAAUGCAUGAAAUACAUGGUUAAAUCUAGUCAGAUGGAAGCCUCUUUUAACAAACUAAUAUCAAAAUUGUAAGAGUUCUACAUCUACGAAUUGCAUUCUUUCCUAGCACGAAUUAAAAUGCAACUGAAGGGAAAAUUCUUUUAAAGACGAAUUUUCUCAUAUUAAAACAAAUAUUUUACUCCAAAUGUAUAAAAUUAUUUUGAAGAACUUAAAUACCUAAAGGAAUAAAUCGAAACCAGAAAUUAAACCAGAACCAGAAUGUUAUGCAAGUAUACUAUUAUUAUUCAACAUUUCAAAGUUCAUUAAGUCUCAACUUCAUCCAGCAUUUUUAUCAACAGUAACGAAACAAAUUGCUCACUUUUAAAAACAUAGCUGCUCAGCUGAAUUGUACUUCAUUUUGAGACACGAUUUAAUGUGUAUAGCGUGACAAUUAAAGCUUUUGUUCUGUUUUUUAUUAUAAUGAACUCAUUUAAAUGUCAUUUUAAUUUUUCAGAGCAUCAACUUUUUUUUUCUUUUGCUUUGGCUAAAUAGUGAAGAUGUAGAAAACUUACUGCGUUGAAAUUUUUGGUGUAAAUAUUUCAUCCUAAGGUAUGUUAAGAAAUAUUUUGUCAUAUAAAGUAUUGAAUAAAAGAUUAUUCAACAAUCUUA